GGGUGAUUCUUUUGCCAAAAUUCAUUUUAACCCUCGAAGUUUCUAUUCCGCCACAUAACCAACCGUACCAUAUACCAUAGCCGUUUUCACCUCAUUCAGUAAGCUUAUCCAAGGGAAAAAAACCAUCCACUGCACUGUUUGCAUCAACUCACGCACUCUGCAUCCUCUUCCUUAAUCAAUGUCGACCCCUGAAAACCCUAUAAUUCCCGACUCCGAUUCCGAAAUUGAGAACUUUCCGAACCCUAAUCCUGAUUCUAUUUCCGAUUCACUGCGCACGGCCAAGCCGCCGAGCAAAACUGCCAUUUGCCUAAUUGGAUCUGCAGGUGACACUGCCGCCGGUGCUUUCAUGGGCUCCAUCUUUGGCUUUGGCUCUGGAUUGAUUAAGAAGAAAGGAUUUAAAGGCUCUUUAGCUGAGGCGGGGUCUUCUGCGAAGACAUUUGCCGUUUUAUCAGGAGUGCACAGUUUAGUUGUUUGUGUUUUGAAGAGAUUUCGGGGAAAAGAUGAUGUCAUAAAUGCAGGAGUGGCUGGAUGUUGCACUGGCCUUGCGCUAAGCUUUCCUGGUGCUCCACAAGCUCUGCUCCAAAGCUGCCUGACGUUUGGGGCUUUCUCAUUCAUAAUUGAAGGUCUUAACAAGCAACAACCAGCACUUGCUUCCUCACUUAAAAUGGGUGUCAACAAGCAACACUAUGGUGAGCUUCCUCCUUUAUCACUCGCCAUCCCAAACGAGCUCAAGGAGUCGUUUUCGUCAUUUUGCCGGUCCAUUAGAAAAUGAUGUGGUGAGAGUGCCUUCGUGUAGUGAUUUAAAAAAAAUGAGAAAACGGACUGUGACUCAGCUUAUUUAUGGAGUGUUGUGGGCUGAUGGUCUUUGUAAAUUUUUGUUUCUUGAGAUCUUGAAAUCUGAUAAAAAUUCGACNUGGUUAAUGCAAAACUAUGUUACGAC